AUGAAACAGAAACUUGAUGAAAAAUAUAUUGAUGGAAAACAAUAUACAAUAAAAAAUGUUGGUGCAACAUAUACACAACGUAUUUCUAACCAUGGUCAAUGUACGAUUGAAUUGAAGAAUCACGGUGACAAAAGUACUGCAAUAACUGAAGGUGAAAUAGUCAAAAUAAAAAACAAAUGGUUUAAAGUUGAAGAUUGUCGAUUAAAUCGAGCAUAUAUAGUUACAUGUGGUUCACAAUUAUUUCUUCGAUUGCACAAUCUUGUAUGUUCAUAUGUUGAACAACAUUAUGACAAAAAAUUAUUGAAAAAAAGACAAACAGAAGAUGACCUAAUUAAUAUUAUUGAUAGAUCUUAUUAUAGUGAAUGUUGUAAAAGUGCAUGUACAGUAUCUGAAUUAAUUCAAUAUUGUCCUUUAAAAUGGUGA